GGCUAAGUUGAACCGAACUCUUCAUCCCUGAAAGAUAAGAAAGAGAGCAAAUAUGAAAGUCUCACUGCUACUUCUCGCACUUGUGUUAGUCUGUUUGGUUCAAGGUAGUGAAAGCUGGAGAUUGAGAAGAACUUUAAGAAGAAUUGGUCGGGGUAUUAGAAGAGUUGGUCGAGUUGUUAAGAACGUAGCUUGUAAUCAUGCAUGUCCAAGGCUCUGCCGACAAGGAGUUUGUAAAUUAGCUUGUAAUUUGGGUUGUAGAGGAAAACGAGAUGUUACCCAGCAAUUAAACCAGCAAGGUCAUGUAACACCAAUUCCCAAUUCUUUUGCUGCCUACGAUAUGAAUGAAGAUGGUAUUAUUAGCAGAAAGGAAUUAGCACUAGCUAUUGGUGAAGAUAUAGCUCAUCCUGAUUUUAUGAAAGCAUACAGUAUUGCUGAUGUAGACGGUGAUGGUGAACUUUCUCCAAAAGAAUUUUACAAUGGACCAUAUGUAUUUGAAAUGGAUCUUAAUGAUGAUGAUUUGGCCUACUGUAGAUAUAGGUUAGAUAUCGAUGAUGAUUUAAUCGAUGUUAUUGAAGGCGAACUCGUAAAUCAAGCGCCUAAUUUUAUCGAAGGAAACCAAGUCAAGGAAACUGGAAAACCACAUGAGAUUAUUUCUAAAACGGGUCAACCAGAAACAAAACCCAUUGACAAAUACGUCAAGCUGGCUGAAAAAACUAAAACUCAGUAAUUAUCAUCAAAUCACCACAGUUCAUCAAAUCGGUUUUAUUCAGUUUAUUAUCUUUUCUACUGCAUUUAUAAUUUUAUUAUUUGUUAUAUAAAUAAAGAAAUAUUAAAAAGUGUCAAA